AUAAAAACAUAUUUCUGCAAAACAAAUAUCAAAAGCUUGCUUAUUCCUCUUCCAACCAUGACCAUUUUCUUUCUAACCCACAUGUCAAUCUGCUACUUGUUCCUUUUCUUGCUCAUUAAGUUCAUGAGUUCCAAACUUCGACCACCUCUUCCUCCUGGCCCGACACCGUUGCCCUACGUAGGCAGCAUAAUCAGCAUGCUUCGAAACAAGCCCACGUUUCGAUGGAUUCAUAGGAUGAUGAACGAAAUGAACACCAAGAUCCUAUGUGUUCGCCUCGGAAAUGUCCAUGUCAUAGCCGUUAGUGAUCCAGAUAUCGCACUUGAGUUUUUGAAAGACAAAGAUUGGAUCUUCUCGUCAAGGCCUGAUUCCAUGUCGGGCUAUCUGACUAGUGGUGGUUACUUGGACACGGUUCUUGCUCCAAUGGGUGAUCAUUGGAAAAAGAUGAGAAGUAUCCUAUCCAUGGAUAUUCUUUCCGGGACUAGGCAUAAAUGGCUUCAGAAAAAGCGAAACGAAGAAGAUGAUAACAUACUCAGGUACAUUAACAAUCGAUGCAAGAUCAACCAUGGGGUCACUGAAGGCUUUGUGAAUGUGAGGAUUCUGGCGCAACAAUACACAACCAACAUGGUAAGGAAGCUCGUGUGGGGGAGAAGGUAUUUUGGUAAAGGGAGCGAAGAUGGUGGACCUGGGAAGGAAGAGAUUGAGCAUGCCGAAUCACUUUGGACAAUUCUUGUCUAUCUUAACGCGUUUUGUGUGACGGAUUACUUCCCGUGGUUGAGAUGGAUAACUGAUUUUGAUGGGCACGAGAAGAUCAUAAGGAAUGCUAUUCGUAUGGCAAGAAAGUAUCAAGAUCCUUUGAUUGACGAGAGGAUUCAACAAUGGCAAGACGGUGUUAGGACCCGACAAGAAGACUUGCUCGACGUUUUCAUCACCCUUAAAAACACUCCACUAACCACAGAUGAAAUAAAAGCCCAGAUCCUUGAUCUGAUGCUAGCAGGUUUUGAUAAUGUUUCAAAUAAUAUCGAAUGGGCAAUGGCGGAGAUGAUGAACAAUCCGAGGAUAUUCGAUAAAGCUGUCCAUGAGCUCGAUUUUGUGGUAGGAAAGGAUAGAUUAGUUCAAGAAUCCGAUCUACCUAGGCUCAAAUAUAUCAAAUCCUGUGUGAAGGAGGCUUUCAGGUUGCAUCCUGUCGCGGCUUUCAACGUCCCACAUGUAACAACCGCUAACUCUACAAUUGCUGGGUACUUCAUACCCAAGGGUAGUCACAUAUUAGUGAGCCGUCUCGGGCUAGGGAGGAACCCUGAUGUCUGGGAGGACACACUGACUUUCAAUCCAGACCGUCACAUGAACGGUCAUAAAGAAGUGGUGUUAGCUGACUACAACCUUCACACGUUUGCAUUUAGCACCGGUCGGCGUGGGUGCCCGGCAGUGUUGUUGGGCUCGACUAUGUCCACAAUGCUUCUAGCUCGGCUUGUACAAGGAUUCACUUGGGAGUUGCCACUUAACGAGCCACAUGUUGAUCUCAAGGAGAACCUGCAUGAUCUAGCAAAGGCUAAGCCUUUGUUAGCCAUAGCGAAGCCUCGUCUGCCUCACCAUCUUUAUCCCACAAACUGAAAAAGUUGUCGGUGUGUUUAUAGUAUGUGAUGUCUGAAAAUAAAAAAGUUGUUGGUGUGUUUAUAGUAUGUGAUUUCUCAAAAUAACAUGUGGAGCAUGUAUGACAUGGGUCACAGUUAUAAUAAAAAUUAUAUAAAUAAAAUAUUAAAGAUA